UCUACACUUCCCUGACAACAACACCCUUCCCCCCCCAUACAACCCAUACAACCAUCAAUCCGAUAAACUCAGUUUUGGUCGACCGACAUGAGUGACGCAGACGCCGGACGCGACGCCGGACGCGACUCCGGACGUCCCCGGGCCAGGUCCGACGUGGAGCGUGUACGUGACGAAGCCACCGGGGCCGCCUCCCCUCCCAUCUCGCCCUUGGGCCGCGGGCGGCGCGGGACGCUGGAUUCCGACUUCAUCUCACCCACGCGCCGGGUCUCCGGACGCGACGGGGAGCUGGGCUCCGGGGUCCGGAGGCGCAGCUCGGCCGCCUCCCGACGCAGCGGACGCAGCGGGGCCAGCGAGAGGGGGAUCCCGAGUCUCGCGCCGCGGACGACCCUCGCGCAACGCACGCAGGGCAAGUUCACGGUGGGCGGGCCGGACGACACGCCGCAACUGCGGCUGGCGCACGAGCCGUUUGUGCAGCCGGGAUACGGGGAUCUCAACCCGGCGUACGAGCAGCCGGUCAACGCGCGUCCGGUCUGGGGUUUAGCGAAACCGCUGCCGCGCGUGGUGCGGUCGGGGAUGGUGCCCACCAAAGACGAGCUGCUGGAGGCCCGCCAGACCGCGCAGCGCCCCGCCGAGAACUCCCAGCGCUAUGGGCUGGACGUCGACCCAAAUGACCUCGAGCAGGGCCAGAUCGAGAAAACCGCGGACCCCCGUCUCAUGGCCGCCCAAGUCGAAGACGCCCGUCGCCAGCGCGAGGCCAACUUCAUGAACAAAUUGCUGUCCGGCGACACCGCCUCCAUGCGCGGCUCCCGGCUGUCGCGCAGCUCCUCCGUCAGGCGGCGCCGCUCCUCGGCCGUCGGGUGGGAGGAGCCGCUGUCGACGGUGGCGGAAGGGGAGACGCCCGCUCCGAGGACGGGGCCCGGGGCGACAAUCCACCGCCCGAGCAGUGAUCAUCGGCCCAGCGACGUGCCGCUGCAGCCCGUACCGGAGGAGCCGGAAUGGCACGGGGACGACGAGACGGCCGGGGAAUCGCCGGAACUGGGGCAGCAGGCGGAGGAGGAGCUGAAGGAGGGACUGGACGAGCUGGAGGCGCUGGAGGAUCCGGCGCUGCCGGAGGAUCUGCAUCCGCUGGUGCAGGAGCUGGUGGAGGAGGAGGUGCACAACAACCACACGACCUGGUCGGUGAUCCGGACGCACCACCGCGAGGCGCUCGCGGAGGCGCUCGGGGUGUUUGUGCAGCUGUUCGUCGGGUUCUGCGCCGACUUGGCCGUGACGUGCGCGGACACGGGCAAUCCCAACACGACCGACUGGGCCUGGGGGUUCGCGACGAUGAUGGCGAUUUAUGUGUCGGGUGGCAUCUCGGGUGCGCACUUCAACCCGGCCAUCACCAUCAUGUUGUGGUUCUAUCGGGGUUUUCCCAAGCGGUUGAUGCCCGAGUACUUCGCGGCGCAGUUCCUGGCCGCCUUCAUCGCGGCGCUAUGCGCGUACGGGCUGUACUACGAGUCGAUCCACGAGUACCUGGCGACCAACGCCGCCUCCGGGGUGGUCAACAGCUUCGUGACGAACCAGCGGUACAGCUGGAUCGGCGGAGCGACCGCUUUCUUCAACGAGUUCCUGGGGACGAUGAUCCUGACGAUUGUGGUGCUGGCGCUGGGCGACGACCAAAACGCGCCCCCGGGGGCCGGAAUGAACUCGCUGAUUGUCGGGUUGAUGAUCAUGAACCUGAGUGUCGCCUUUGCCUACCAGACGGGGGCCGCCUUCAACCCCAGUCGCGACUUUGGUCCCCGGCUGGCCCUGUUGGCGCUGGGGUAUGGCAGUGAUCUGUUCACGAAUGCCUACUGGUUCUACGGGCCGUGGGUGGGCGCGAUUGGCGGGGCGAUGAUGGGGGCCUUCCUGUAUGACUUCUUCAUCUUCACCGGCGGCGAGUCGCCGGUCAACUACCCGUGGGAGCGGACGCAGCGGGCGAUGCGCAAGAGUAAGAUGAAGUGGAAGCGGCGGUUGCAUCUGGGCCCGGAGGGAGAGAAGAACUAA